UCGUCCCCCCCUCCACCGUCAGUCCUGUCUGUCCCUCCGUCUUCUCCACUCUCAGCUCAUCGCACCCGAUAUCCCUCCAUCCCGUGUCGUUCUGCUCAUACCCGUCACUAAUCCAACUCAUGUUUAUCUUAGAGAGUAUGAACUCACCGUCAGACAGGAGCCAAAGCAAGCCCGCAUGUGCGGCGUGGGCUGUGAGCGCCUCUUUCUUCUCUCCACCCUCGUUCGCACACCCCAACUCACCCUGCUCUCAUCCAGCCGACCGUCGCCCGAUCGAUCCCCCUCCCAUCAUCCAACUCCGUGUCAUCGACAAACGAACCCGUCAACCCCCCACUCAUCCCGAAGCUGACGAUGGCGACCUCCACUAUGCUCAUAGUUUCUUGCAGAACCCUUAUUACUUCAUGUUCGCCAGUCUCGCCAAGCCCGACGACGACGCAGAAUUACACUGGCUAAAGGACGGAAAGACGCGUUGCACCACGGGUUCCGUCGUAUCGUCGCUCUACCACCUCAAGGACACCGAAAAUCGAAACGAAGACGCUGGAUUCUUCGUAUUUCCGGAUCUUAGCGUACGAACCGAAGGAAGUUAUCGUCUCAAGCUCAGUCUCUUCGAGGUUGUCGGCAACAUCGUUCGUCACUGCAAGUCCAUCUACUCCAUACCGUUCUACGUCUACACCGCAAAGAAGUUCCCCGGCAUGGAAGAGUCCACGCCGUUGUCGUGCUCCCUAGCUGACCAAGGCAUUAAAAUACGCAUUCGCAAGGACAUCCGCGUUCGCAAGAGACCGAUCGCCUCCCUCGCUGCACCUAUCGACGGCGACAAGAUCGAGGAAAACCAAGAUGACGAACACGGAAAAGCUAUCGCUCCUGCCAACGGCCCUGGCAAACGUCCCCGCCAUGGCACGAUUAAUAAUCCAAUGACACUGAAUACCAGCGUACAUGCCGGCGACCUCACAACACCCCCGAGCGCUAAUUCAGGCACCCUCAGCGGUCUUCCCCCUUGGCCUACCACUACCACGCUCGACCCUAUGUUGGGCGUCGCGAGUGCUCCAGGGGGUAUCGAACUCCCCUCGCCAGCGCAUUCCGGAACACCACCAUCGGCAUCCUCCAUUCCUCCCCCACCCGGUGCAACGUAUGAACUUCCCAAAGUACCUCCAGCGAAUAUCCCCCCGCCUCCCGGCGCGCACAUCAUGGCUCCACAAACGAUAGCUUACGAUGGGUCAGGGACUCGCCAACAAGUUGCUGCUCAAUCCAGCACAUCGCAUACACGCCAAGUUCAACCGCUCGCGACGUCCUACCAGUCCACCAACACCUCCCAGAACAUUUCGCCAACGGGACCACCAGUCUCCCAACAAGCUGUAUUCACUAACACGCCGACGCAGCGCGCUGUGUAUGACCCACCUCCUCGUCAAGGUUACGAUCAAACAUCGUCUCGGGCGUACGACACUCGGGGGUACGACCAGACGUCCUCCCGCGCCUUCGACCAAACAUCAUCUCGAACGUACGAACAAUCUUCAUCUCGGGCAUAUGACCAGACACCUUCUCGUGGAUAUGACCAAACAUCAUCUCGGACAGCUUACGAGGGCAGUCAUCGAUCGGGAUUUGAUCCCAAUGCUGCCGCAGCCGGCGCGGCUAGGUCUGCGACGUAUGACACCCAUGCACAUCAACAACAGCGUUCAUCGUUCGAAAAUCCACGUCCGUCUUCCACGUUUGGCCAGACUUACGUCUCGGACACGGCUACGACUUCAGGGUCGUACCACCAUCCAGAUACAUCUUCCCAUCCACAUCAUGCACAACCACACAGCGGUUACGGUCACCCCUCCGACGCCGGAUAUGUGGGGACGCAACAACAACAUACCCAACCAUCUCCCACACAUGGGUAUCCGCAACAGCAAGCAUCCUCUUCCCAGCAACACCCUCAGAGCCAUAGCCAUCCUCUUCCCAAUGUCCAUCCUAAUGUCCAUACCCAUCCCGGCACUCAUAGCCAUACCCAUACCCACGAGUCGCAAUACUCCUCGCAUCCUUCCACAGCCCCUUCAAGGUUCCCAAACCAAUUUGGGGCUUCCACGAUACCGGGUUUUGGACAUUCCCAGUCCCAGACGGGAUAUGCGUCUAGCCAUUAUUCGUCUCAACAUCAGCAGCAUCAGUCGGGAGCAAAUGUGGGCGGUGGAACUGGGUCAUAUUACGAAAGUUCUCAGUCGCACCCGUCGACCCAUCAGGGGGAAGGCUCGACGGCGCAACAGCAAGGCUAUUUUGGCGCCGGACCGUCAACUCAUCAUCCCCAGCUGAAUCCAAACCAUAACCACGCAAGCGGCGUGACGUCGUCCCCAUCGUCAUGGGGCCCGCAGAGCAGUACGUACGACUACGGAGAGUUUUAUACCCAUCCUGGGACGUCGACGGGUUCCCAGACCACCAGGAGUGAAUCGACCCCCCCAGCACAUGGUCCAGGACCCUCUCCGACCUCAGUAGGCGCGAGAUAUGGGAGUGCGUCAGCGCAGGCAGGAGCGCCACCUACGCAAACAGUGUAUGGUGGUCACCCACACGGCCAUUCCCAUCUUGUUCAUUCCCCCUUCGGUCCUAACGCAACGACGUCGUCUUACACGAAUACAGGUCUUUCAUCGUCUGCGAAUGCAACGCACGAGUGGCCUACGACGGCGGGGAAUCAAGGCCAAGGACCUGCAAGACCCCUCUCGAAUGCGAACGUGAAUAAUAUGAUCCAUCUCGCACCGCUCCGGCACGUCGCCCAUGCCGGUGGGUCGUCGGCGUCUCCCACGCCGUCGUCACCUGGAGCAGGUGGGUUUCGUGGAACGGGGACCUCUGGGUAUCCUUCCCUUGUACCGCACUCUCAUCCACAUGCGCAAGUGCACGCGUCACAGGUGCAUGGUCACGGACACGGUUCAGGUAUCCCUUUCGAGCACGAAGGUGGAGGGAGAGGAGUACCCUCUGGUACUGUUGGGAGUGGUGGGAAGAAAAGCGUACUGAGCAUUGGGAGUAUUAUUUCGGAGGGGGGGUGACGCGUCCGUGCAUAGUGUGUGGUUCGAUCUGUUCACCGACCCUUUCCCACUCGCCUGUCUGUCCGCUGGCUUGCUCGGUGUCCAUCGUUUCUAGGUUUUACGUGCUUCUGGUCCUGUUGUUGAGAUAUAGAUUUGGGG